ACAAUAUAUCCCUCGUUUAAAUAAUCGAGUAGAAAAAUAGAGCAUUGUGAUUAAAGCACGAAAAAACUAACAAAAAUAAGUGAAUAAAGUGGAAUAAUGGAGAUAAAUUGUCACCAUCCAUUGUAUGAAAUAGGUCUUUAAACUCUAUCAGUUGCGUGUGUUUGCAAUAAUUCAUUUUCUUCUCGAUUUUCUCUGUCUGAUUAGAACUCGAAUAGUCUGCAAAAAUAAUUUAUUGACAGUUAAUUAAAUCAGUAAAUGAGAGCUAAUGAUUGGAAACUAAAUCAAAGCGCAAUACAUUUCAAUGAUUUCGCUAAAUCCAUUGACACACGGCAAGCACGAUUAAAACUGUGAUUUCGUUGCGUUGAAUGUCAGUCGUUUUUAUUGUAAUUGUUUAAUUAAUUGCGUUGUAUCUCUUUGACGCGAUAGUUUUGCGGCGUUUGACCUAUAUUACACGUUUCACAAUGAUGCAUCUGAACUACAAUUGCAAUCGUUUCGUUAGUUGAUUUAUUCAACACUGGCAAAUUGAGGUACAAGUAAAAGUGCUGCUGAUUUUCACUGCAUCAUUUUUUUCAAAACGACUUGAUUUCUUGAGGUGCAAUUUUCAAAGGUGAUAUUGAAAAAUUUGGUACCAAAAUCCAGCCUCAAUGACUUUAAGACGAGAAGCCGAAAAACGAAAAUCAUCACCGCUCGGCACUGAAAUGGCGUCAUUGUGCAAAGUUUCGUUAAAAAUGGUUGCACCACCGAUUAUGAAAUUGGACAUUGAUUGUUUUCACGAAGUCUUCGAUUACUUGUGUUUGGAUGAUAUCAUAUCGAUUGGACAUACGUGUCAGCGUCUCCAACGAAUUGCCAGCCGUUUUAUUCAGCAAAAUUUUGCGGCCAAACGAAAAACGUAUGUGAAUGAUAAUAUUUACAUGUGUUGGAAGCCCCGUCAAAUCAGCAUCUUCAGUUUGUUUAUUGAAAAAAUAUCGAUUUUCGGUGAUUUCCCGGACUCAUUUCUCUCCAUCAAUGCCGUACGUUUCCAUUUGCUAAACGAAAUUCGAUUGGCUCAAAUUGAAUUAGAUUCCGUCAAAAUCGAGUGCAUAAAAGCAAUUCUACCGCAAGUCGAAGUGAUUGAAUUGGAUCAGUGUUGUUUCAAGCAGAACUUUUACGGAGAUUUUUUGAAAUUAUGUCCAAAACUACAUCGUUUAAGUGUGUCAAGAUCAAGCUAUGACCGUGAUGGUGGCACCAUAAUUGGAACUGACAAUGAAUGGAUGCGACAAAAGUAUGCAUCGCUUGAGCAUUUGGAAUUGACGGAUUUGUACGAGUUCAAAGGCAAUGAAUUGAAACACUUUUUUGAAUCGAACCAGAAUGUGCAUAGUUUUUCAACCGAUGCAAAGUCUCUUUUGAUCAAUCGUCAAUCGUUUUUGUCAUGCGGUGGCAAAAUUCAACGGCUUGCCAUCGAUUUUCAUCCGAAAAACAUAGACUCCGAUGCUGAACCAGCAUUUAUUGUCAAUUUAAUUUAUCAAUUGUUGACGGAAUUAUAUGAAAAGGGAUUUUAUCGAUCAUUACAUCUGUACAUCACGUUCUUCGAUCGUAAUAAUUGUUUGCAGAAACUAUUUUCAAUGGAUUCACUGGAAAUGAUUGGUGGAUUUGUUACUUUGAUCGAAAAUCCAUUGUUGAAUGUUAAGAAUUUGGACAUUAAUAAAGGUUUGGAUGUUACGAAUUUGGAGGAAUUUCCAGAUAAAUUCCCGAAACUGGAACGAAUUCACUUUACAGAAGCGACGGCAAAUGAUAUUUUGCCAUUUGUACGGCAAUCAAAAAGUUUAAAAGUAAUGAAAAUUGAUUUACUCGUCGAUGGAACACACUUGGAAAAGGGUGUACUUGAUUUGGUGGCAUUAGACAAAGAGCGAAGCACAUUGAUUAGAGCGAGAAAACUUAUGAUUUAUGUCAAUGAAACGGUAUUUUUGGCUACAAAGUGGGCAACAAGUGAUUUAAACCUUAAAUUUAUUGAACUUAGAAGAGGAGAAUCUUUUGAAUUCAAACACUUGAACGCAAGGCACCGAUUUAUCACAUCAUUUUGAAUGGAGAAUUUAUUGGAUUUAUUACUAUAUAUGUUCGAGUGUACCAAGAGAGAAUAGGAGCGGAGCCUACAACGAAUAGUUAUUAGUUAGUACAUAAUAUAUAAGAAAGAUAGAUGCAUUUAAGCGUACAACCUAAAAGGAGCAAAGAUCGCCGUGAAGAAAUUGAAGAAAUGUGCGACCUGUUUGAAAACUUUUGAUCAGCUAUUCCCUUAUCACAGAAUAAAAUUUAUUUAGUCACGAAAUGUGCGCGCAAUAAAUAAAUGUAGAAAAAUUACUAUAAAUAUGUGAAAAUUUUACAAUGAAACGCUUUCUCAAUCCCAUUUUAUAAGGGCGUCACAAUAUAUUAUUCAUAUUAAUAAAGUUUACUCGAUUACGUUUGCUGAUAACGUUA